AUGGCCCGAGGUAGCUCAUGCAUCUUUCCCCUACAUCUGGCUUCCUGCUGCGAAAAGAGUCUCCAAGUGACACUGCAAGUCACCAUGGUACACUUAGCCCUGCAUCUGAACUCCAAGAUCCCUUUCCUUCUCCUGUUCCCUGCUCUGCUGCUGUUGCUGUUCCCUGGAGGUUUGGGGCAGGGACCAGUGCCCAGGGUCAAAUAUGCUGCAGGUGAUAGGCAUCGGUCGGUAAACGUCUUUAGCAAGGAGGGUCUUCAGGAUUUUGAUGAAUUGCUUCUAAGUGAGGAUGGGGCCACUCUGUAUGUGGGAGCUCGAGAUUCUAUUCUAGCACUGGACAUUGGCAAACCGGGUGUCCCAGGUCUUCGGAGUAUGAUUCCCUGGGAAGCCAGUCCUAAGAAAAAAAGAGAUUGUGUCUUUAAGAAAAAAAGCAAUGAGACUGAAUGCUUCAACUUCAUCAGAGUCCUAGUGGCUGUCAAUGCUUCUCAGCUCUACGCCUGUGGAACCUUUGCCUUCAGCCCAGCCUGUACCUACAUAGAGCUGCAGGACUUUUCCUUGGUCCCUAUCCCAGAAGACAGGAUCCUGGAUGGCAAAGGACAGAGCCCUUUUGACCCAGCCCACAAUCACACUGCAGUCUUUGUGGAUGGGAUGCUCUACACUGGCACCAUGAACAACUUCCUGGGCAAUGAGCCCAUUCUGAUGCGAACCCUAGGAACUCAGCCUGUGCUCAAGACUGAUGCCUUUCUCCGAUGGCUCCAGCCGGAUGCCUCCUUUGUGGCCUCCAUCCCCUCCACCCAGGUCGUUUACUUCUUCUUUGGGGAAACAGCCAAAGAGUUUGAUUUCUUCGAGAAACUCACCAUCUCCCGAGUAGCACGAGUCUGUAAGAAUGAUGUGGGUGGGGAGAAGCUACUACAGAAAAAGUGGACGACGUUCCUGAAAGCUCAGCUGCUUUGUGCCCAGUCUGGCCAACUGCCCUUCAAUGUGAUCCGUCAUGCAGUUCUAAUGCCUGCUGACCCCCCUGCCUCUUCCAGAAUCUAUGCAGUCUUCACAUCCCAAUGGCAGGUUGGAGAGACUAGGAGCUCAGCGGUCUGCGAGUUCUCUUUCUCAGACAUUGAGAAGGUCUUUGAGGGGAAGUACAAGGAGAUGAACAAAGAAAGCUCCCGAUGGAAUACAUACAGUGGCCCUGUGAGCAACCCUCGACCUGGCAGUUGCUCUGUGGGACCCUCCUCUGACAAGGCCUUGACCUUCGUGAAAGAACAUUUUCUGAUGGAUGAGAAGGUUGUGGGGAAGCCCUUGCUAGUGAAACUGGAUGUGGAGUAUACCAAGCUGGCUGUGGAGACGGCCAAGGACGUCAGUGGAAAAGACUACUUGGUCAUGUACCUGGGUACCAACACAGGCUCUCUUCACAAGGCUGUGGUGAAUGAGGACAGUGAUACACAUCUGGUGGAGGAGAUCCAGCUGUUCCAAGAACCUGAGCCUAUCCGAAACCUACUACUGGCACCUGCCCAGGGAGCACUAUUUGUGGGCUACUCUGCGGGACUUUUGAGGGUGCCCCGAGCCAACUGCAGUGUCUAUGGGAGCUGUAUAGAUUGUGUUCUUGCCAGGGACCCCCACUGUGCCUGGGACCCUAUUGAAAGAGCCUGCCGUAUCUUUUUAAACACCUCCACAGACUUAACUUCCUGGAAACAGGACAUAGAUCGAGGGAACCCAGCUUGGGCAUGUGUUAAUGGGCCCAUGGGCAGAAGCCAUCGACCCCAGAGCCCACCUCAGCUCAUUAAAGAAGUCCUGGCACCCCGUCAUUCCAUCUUGGAACUCCCAUGUCCCCAAACCUCCACCUUGGCUACCUACCACUGGACUCAUAGAGCAACCCCUAUUCCGACUUCUUCCUCAGCAAUCUACAAUGGCUCUCUCAUUCUCCUACUUCGUGAGGAAUUCAGAGGCCUUUACCAAUGCUUGGCAACUGAGAGUGGCUUCACUCAUCCUGUUGUCUCCUACUGGAUACAAAGCGAGGAAGAUCCUUUGCCCCUGGAUCCUGAAUUGGCAGGGAUUCCCAGGGAGCGUGUGGAAGCCCCUUUGACUGUUGGGGAGCCCAUCCCCCUAACCACUCCUAGGUCAUACUGGCCCCACUUCAUCGUUGUUACUGUCCUCUUGGUUUUGGUGCUCUCAGGGGUCCUGAUUGGCCUUGCCUCUUCUCCACUGCGGGCACUCCAAGCACAAAGGAAAGUCCAAGGCUGUGGUACCCUGCCUCCUGGGGAAAAGGCCCCAUUGAGUGGGGAACAGCCCCCUCUCCAGCCUCCCAAGGACACUAGGAUCGUGAAUGGAGGAGGUGUAGAUGCUGACAACAACCAACUGGGGACGGAAGUGGCAUAGACUCUGCAACAGCACACAUGAGAUAAUGAAAGUUUAUAAUGGAUUCUAUGGUAUGACAAAGAGUUGUCCUUGGUAAAGAUGACCUAACCCUACCAUAGGAAAUUGUUGGGGUGAUCCUACAAUAACAAAUGGGAAGGGAUGGCCAGAGAAAGCCACCUUCCUCUUACCAAGAGGAGUUUGUCCUCCCUCUGCCACUCUGAGCCACUCUACAGAAUAAUGAGGAGUAUACCCAGCAGCUUAAAACCACUGGGACAUGACCCAUCUUGCAAGGACAUGCCAGCUCCAGGUACCUUCCUCUGACCAAGAGCUUGGGUGGAACCUCUCAUCAAGAGACUACCCUAAGUGCUAAACCAGUUUGGCAGUUACAAACCAUUCCAAGAGACCCUCCAGAAACAUACCAUGCUAGGAAAUCCUCCUGGAAUAAUAUUCCCAAGCAACACAGUUAUCGACUCUGGAUGGAAAUCUAAUCAUAACUUGUGCUGGGACUCAGACCAUUAUAUCCACUGGCACUUCUGUCCUACUUCAGACUUAGGAGGAUCUGCAGGAGGUCACAUCCCUCCUCAUCCCAGUAUUCUCACAAAUGACCCUAGGGUGUUCUCUUCACCUCUCCUGAUGCAAUGGGGAAUAAUUUCUAAUUCCCCUCACCCACCCCAUAGAAUUCUGGGAAAUGGGGUAAUCUGAGCCUUGCACAUAUCUGGCCAAGCCUGGCCUCUUUCAACUUUGCCUCUCCUCUUCUCCACCCUGACAGUCUCCAUACAAAUGCAUCCUCUUCCUUACCCUACUCUUCCCCUUUGUUUUUGUCUUUGGAAAAGUGUAUGUCUUGCCACAAACAGUUUAUUUUUUAUUAAAAAGACAAAACUUAAA